GGAGUCGCCACUUUUUUACCCGUCAAGACCAUGCCUGAAAGUUUUUUUUUCUUUCCAUUUUUUUUUCUUCUUUUUCAUUUCGUUGAGGAGGAACCGUCGCGUGCGCUCAACUAUGAGAGAGAGAGAAAGCGACGGACUUUUUGAACAUGCAGCUUCUCCCCCGAUGUCCAGUUUCCUGUUGCUCCUCGGCGACGUCGUUUUGAGUUACUUUAGAUGCUUCGCGACACAUUUCCGUUAUGCGAAGUCCAGCUCGUCGGUUAGUCGUCGUGCUGCGGUGGGUGCCCGUCCGAGAUAACGGAGAACCAGUGAUUCUCAGCCGCUCUGGUUACUGCAAUGAAUGGUAACACUAUCCAUCCUGCCAACACCACCGCAGCGACAGCAGGAGGAGGCGGCCCAGGCGUGGCGGCGCCCCCGCGAGGCUGGAGGGAAUUCUGCGAACUGCACGCCAUCGCCACAGCCCGGCAGCUGGCCGGACACUACCGGAGCUUCGCCAGAGAGCAACCGCAGCAUGACGUGCUCCCGGCGGAGACCUUCUCCAAGCAGUUCACCGACCUCUUCCAGCAGCACUUCUGCGGCGAGGUCGACAAAGAUGGCGCUCUGCUCGGCCGGGGCACGGGCCCCGGUUCUACCGGGAGCGCUUUUUUCACCACUCCGGGGGCCCCUCCUCUCCCGUCGCAGACCGUGAUCGGUCGAUUGCGGAUCACAUCUCUGUCGGGGGUCCAGGACUAUCGAGAGGCGGGCCGGCCGAGCGGAGGAGCCGCCCCGUUUGGUGUGGUUUCGCCGAAAGGGGAGCCGGCGGUGGCGAGCCGGGAGCAGGAGCAGCCGCUGCGAUGCGCGGCGGGCAGCUCCUUGUCGGGAAACCCGGUGGUGCUCAGAGGGUCGACCCGGGGCCUCGGCAGCGGGCCGCUGCUGAUUCGUAGCCGCAGCAGCGAGGAGAUCCCUGGCGCCGAUCACCGGCAGGUAUCUCAACGGUACUCCUCCGACUCCUCCACCUCCAACGCCGCACGGGGCGACGUCACACAUUUCUCCGUCAGCCAAAUCCGGCACACCGUGAGACGGCUGCUCUCAAAGCGGCCCGGCCCCCCCUCAUCCCAGGACCUGGCCCCUAACAACCCCACCACCACCAGCAGCAGCAAUCCCCCAAAUAAUGGUGACAGGGUGGGCGUAAUCUCCUCCACACACGGGGAAGUGUCCUCCUCCCCCUCUUCCUCACACUCCCCCUCUUGUCUGAACUCUGAAGCCUUGCCCCCAGCCUCUUCUCACACGUCCGUGGCUGGAGUCGCCUCUCACUUCCUGGAUCGCUUUCGUUGGUUACGCAGCGGAAGCAUGAGGCAGAAGAGGUCAGAGGUGAGCGGCUGCUGUAAAGAGGGCCAACUGAAGUACUUGCUGGUGGAAGACACUAUCUCAGACACUCAGCCCCGCUGGCAACGCUGCCGCCUGCUGGUCAGGAGGAUCAGGGACGCUCAAGUAGGAGGAAGAGGAGGCGGAGAGAUGUACCAGUUGGAGCUCUAUGAUCCUCCAAAGGCCUCCGGUCCCAAGCUGACGACUCAUUGCUCGGACAUCCAAGAAGUCCGUCGCUGCAACCGGCUGGAGAUGCCCGACAACUUAAACACAUUUGUUUUAAAGGUUAAUCGAGGUAGUCUGAUAUUUGAGACGGACAAUGACCAGCAGGUCAGCUCCUGGACCACAGAGCUAAGAGAAUGUAUCAGCAACAGGUCAGGCAGUGUGGAUCUGGAGCCGCUCUCCUCCCCAGCCAAUCACAGAGGGAGCUCGGAGUCGGGCAGUCAAAGCGCGGUCACGUUCGCCCCGCCCGAGCAGGUCGCCCAGAAAGCCGACCACUUCCUGUUCUCCUACCCCUGGUUCCACGGGCCCAUUUCCCGCGUGAAGGCCGCCCACCUGGUCCAGAGCGCCGGGCCGCAGGGACACGGCGUGUUCCUGGUCCGGCAGAGCGAGACGCGGAGAGGAGACUACGUCCUCACCUUUAACUACCAGGGGAAAGCAAAGCACCUGCGUCUCUCGCUCACAGAGUGGGGUCAGUGCCGUGUGCAACACCUCCGCUUCCCCUCCGUCAUCGACAUGCUCGGUCACUUCCGCCUCUUCCCCAUCCCGCUGGAGUGCGGCGCCGCCGGAGCCGUCACGCUGUCCAGCUUCGUGGUGGCGGGAUCCUGCCCUCCGUCACAGGGCCAGCUGUCCGGCGCCCUCCUCGUCCCGUUCUCUCUCCACCGGUGGAGCUCGGAGCCCAGCGUGGCUCACUGCAGCCGGGCCCCGGCCCGGUCCUCCUGCCUCACCGGCACCGCGCCCGGCAACCGCCGGGCGCCCGAUCCCCCGCCGUCCGCCGCCGCUCCUCUCCGCCGGAGCGAGUCCAUGGGGCGGCGACCGCUCUCGCCACGACACCCCGCCGCCCACAUCGCCCAGCGGGACUCGGACUACGAGCUGGAGCCCGGCCGCGGCCGCAAGCGGGCGAUAGACAACCAGUACAUGUUGCUCUGACCCGCCGGGGCGAGCACAGCCAACACACACACACACACACACACACACACACACAGCUUCAUGCGAGUGUCAGAGAGCGAGCGAUCCUAACGUGAUCACAGCAGACUCAUCUUGAGCGAACAAGUCCUGUUCACACACACACACACAUACAUACACACACACACACACACACACACAUCUGUGCUGGGAGUGUGUUUACCAGUGUCAGACCCCCACCUCCUCCACCCUGAGUGUCCACAGUGAAUGUAUUUUUGGGAGUUUUAUAACAAGUAUUGCGUCAUUAUUCCUGUGUGUGUGUGUGUGUGUGUGUGCCGCCUCCAAACAAAGAGUUACCAACGUUGAUGUUCUGAUGACUUCAAAGGAGGUGCGCUUGUUUUCAACUUCUUUGGCACUUAACCUGAACCGAUGGGAAGGCACCGCCUGCACGUUGGUUAAAUCAAGCGCUCCUUUCAAAUAUUUAAGACAUUUACUCUUCAUACACAGAACUUUGUUGUGGAGUUAACACACACACACACACACACGUAUUUAUGUCAACUCACGAACCAGAGACGCUCUUCUUCACGCCGCGUCUCCACACUCCAUUAGGUAUUCCUCCUCUCGCUCAAUAUUCUAUAUAUUUAAGUGCACGACGCUUUCAGUGCACUUUGAAAACAAUGUGUAUUUCUUUCUAUACACAGAUUAUUUUGUAGAGAAAUAAAUAAACAGUCAAACAAAAGGAUUCAAAGUGGGAUCCGUUGCUGAAAGACGUGAUCUUCUUCCAACUCUUCAAACCGUCGCAGAGAACAAAGAACCGCGGAAUUAUUUCAUCGGCGACAUUUUAUUUGUACCCCCGUGAGAGCCGUUUGUGGAGCGAUUGUCUCCUGACGGCUGAUUGGCCGUCCAGUUGUGACGCCCUGCAGUGUGUGUGGGCUUUGUGUCCCCACACACACACUGGCAGGUUUUCCAACGUGGCCGCCAAGUGUAUUAUCGUCAGUGUCUUUCGUAUAUUUCAAGUACCAAAGUACAUUAAUAAGUCCUUCCUGCCCCAAACGUCAAUGGGAAAAAAAAGAUACAAAUACUUAUGAUAUAUAUAUAAAAAAUAAUAAUAAUAUAAUUGAUCUAUUUUUUUACAAAAACAAUGGUUUGCAUUCAAAUGGAUGGACGGAUAUUGUUGUUGCCGUAUGAAUUCUUCACACCUGGUACAAAGUGACCUUUAGUGACCUUUACUCGGCCUCAGGAGAGAAGAGGGGCGCGUCAGUCGUCCUCUGAUGCGUUCGCUCUCUUUCUUGUUGUGUUGCGAGGAGUUCAGGAAGCGGAAGACGUCUGCAGAGCGUCGGCGGGGAAACGGACCACAACAAAAGGAAUUGAUCCAAUAUUUGACAUCCGAAAUAAGUGCUGGAAACUUCAUUUCAGGUUUUUAAUGUUUCUUAAUGCUAAAUUAAACCCGUUAAAGGCCUCUUAAAGGUAGACCGUGAUAAGUGCCUCUGGAUUUACAUUUUAUUCCUUUUUGUCACACGGGCAAACCUCCAUGUCUCCAACUCAAUGAAAUGAAAUGUUUUCCAAAGCAUUCUUUUGUACUACCGAAGCCAAGAGAAAAAACAGGAUGAAAGUAAUAUACAUACAUAUAUAUAUAUUUGACACUAUUCACCAUUUCAAUAGAACUUUUCUGUCAGCUCAGGUGUGAAUUUUGUUGUCAAAAGUUGAUUUUAAAAAAGGAAAAAGAUCCCCAAAUUAAGCUUUUACCAAAGCAAGCGUUUAUGUUCUGAUAGUGACCGACCAGCGGGUCCGUGUGGGUUUUUCGUCCUGAGAUUUGCCCGUUUCAGUCUCGCUGUUUCUCGUGACCCCCGUCUCAAACAGCUCUCGGUCUCGUGAGCCGGUCUUUCUGUCCUCCUUUAACUUUGCUUGAACAACAACCUCAGCAGCUGAUGAAGAUUCACCUUCAUCAUCCCUCGGCUCUGACUCCCCGGCUCUCUGCCCUCGUUCUCUUUGGAGUUUCCUGUAUUUCUUUCAGAAGAAAAAUGCCUAAAUACAACCUGAUUUCCUCAUGAACCGAACCGCCGGUCCUCCUCUUGUGAUGCAAGAAGUCCGCUUCAUCUUCCAGAGGAACAUUUUGACAAUGUGGUUGUGUCGCUCUCUUAAACGUGUCGCCAGUGAGGGGAACAAGAACAAAGACAAACGUACGGUUGGUCUUCCUGCCUUUUAUUGUCCAAACGAAUCCCUCGUCACUCCUUUCCAUCUGAAAGCAACGGCGACAAGAACCUUUUCUGGACUCUCGGCCUCUCUUUGCUCAUCAAUAUUAUUUUUUUUAGGGAGAACAAUAACUGCCUUAGCCAGAAAGCUGCCGUUACCGUUUCCCCUUUUUGAAAGCUCAGGUGUGACGUCUUUGUUUAGUGCAAUAUCUGAGAGGUGCCCCGUGCUUCACAGAAGACGUGAAGACAUUAAGAGUGAGAACUCGAUGUUCACUCCUCGUCGCCGGCUGAAGGAAGUGAUUUCCUAAAGGUCGGAAAGACCAGAAAAGAAAUGCCAUAUUUAAAAUCAGGGCUACCAAUUUACCCCUUUUUUUUUUAUAGGGCUUUUCAUUUUGUGUCAUGGUUGCAUCGAUCAAUGUGUCGCAAUAAUCAAGUUAACACUUCCUGAACAAGAUCCCUGUGUACCUCAGCAUCCCCCUCCCCCCAUCAUAUGUUUGUUUUAAAUGUCCAGUUGAUGAAUGUAAUGUGUUCUCAAUACUGUUCGUUUUGUUAACUUAGCACUGUAAACAUUCCAGUCCAACUCAACAGCCAAUGAAAACCACAUAAGCUUCUUCUUUUUAAUUUUAUCUGUCAUUCUGUCUGCAUCCUUCAGUUAUAAGCAUCUAAAUAAUAUUAAAUAUAUAUAUAUCAACUGUAUAUUUGACUUUUGUAAAAUAAACCUAACCAAAAAACAAAAAAAAGAUGCACUCUGAAGUUUCUGUGUCGCUUCCAAAA